ACAUUACAGAACAUGGCACACCAUCUGCGCCGUUUGGAUUGAGAACCGUCACUGGGACGAGGUUUAAUCAGGAGGAUUUGGCAGUGGAGUUAGUUUGUUGGUUUGCUCCCAGUACACUUGCUCAGUAUGGAAACCCAAUAGGAGGGAGUUUUUCUGUGCGCUAUGGUCAGCUGAAGCACGGCGGCUAAAAAUAAUCAUCCUGCACUGUCCUGCGUGUGAUUGCAAUAUCCACUGAUCCACUGCGGUCUCCAACUCACUUCCAGCUCUGGGAAUGAAACCCUGCUGAGACGACCAUCUUCUAGAUCUUUGGCCAGCCAGGCAGUAUGGCCUUGUCAUUCUGCGGCAACGAUCUCAAUGACUCCUACAGCAUCAACAAGGGAGUCCUGAAUAACGGCUGCUUUGUGGAUGCGCUCAACCUUGUUCCACAUGUCUUCUUACUCUUCAUUACCUUCCCUAUCCUCUUCAUUGGUUGGGGCAGUCAGAGCUCGAAGGUGCAAAUCCACCACAACACCUGGCUGCACUUCCCUGGCCAUAAUAUCCGCUGGAUUCUGACCUUCACGUUGCUUUUUGUGCACGUGUGCGAGAUCUCCGAGGGAAUCGUCUCCAACACGGAGAUGAAGUCAAAUCACUUGCACCUUUUUCUACCUGCAUUAAUGGGCUUCAUAGCAGCUACAACAUCAGUGGUGUAUUACCACAAUAUCGAAACCGCCAACUUCCCCAAAUUACUCCUCGCACUGUUCAUCUAUUGGGUGCUGGCGUUCAUCACCAAAAUCAUCAAGCUGUGGAAGUUUGCAGAGGAAGGCGUGGGCAUACAGCAUCUCCGCUUCUGUAUCACGGCUCUGCUUGUGGUGCUGUACGGCCUGCUUAUGGCUGUGGAGAUCAACGUCAUACGGGUCAGGAGGUACGUGUUCUUCACUAACCCUCAGCGAGUGAAACCACCGGAGGACCUGCAGGAUCUGGGUGUGCGCUUCCUCCAGCCUUUCGUUAACCUGCUCUCUAAGGCCACGUACUGGUGGAUGAACCCACUGAUCAUGGGUGCUCACAAGAGGCCCAUCGAGCUGAAGAAGAUCGGCAAGCUGCCCAUCGCCAUGAGGGCUGUGACCAACUACCUGCAUCUGCGGGACGCUUAUGAAGAGCAAAGGGAGACUGCAGAGAAGCUAGACAAGAUGCCAUCCAUCUGGAGGUCCAUGUACCGCGCAUUCGGCCGGCCCAUCCUCCUCAGCAGCACCUUCCGCUACAUUGCCGACCUCCUUGGUUUUGCCGGACCACUCUGCAUUUCUGGAAUUGUAGAGAACCUGAACCCGGAGAAUAAGACUGAAGUCUUCAACAUGACCACGACAGAGGAUCUACCGUUUGGCGUCUACUUUAUGUCCUCUGCGGAGCUGUUCAAAAAGGCGUAUGUCCUGGCCGUGCUUCUCUUCCUGGCUCUGGUGCUCCAGCGUACCUUUUUACAAGCCUCCUACUACGUCACUAUAGAAACAGGCAUCAACCUACGAGGAGCACUGCUGGCAAUGAUCUACAACAAGAUCUUGCGUCUCUCCACCUCCAACAUGUCUAUGGGAGAGAUGACCCUGGGACAGAUCAACAACCUGGUGGCAAUAGAGACCAACCAGCUGAUGUGGUUCCUGUUUCUAUGCCCUAACUUGUGGGCAAUGCCUGUGCAGAUCAUUAUGGGCGUGAUCCUGCUGUAUUAUUUGUUGGGGUCCAGCGCUAUCAUUGGUGCACUGGUCAUUGUGCUGCUGGCCCCCAUUCAGUACCUCAUCGCCACCAAGCUGGCCGACACACAGAAAAGCACACUGGACUACUCGACAGACCGUCUGAAAAAGACCACAGAGAUCCUGAAAGGCAUAAAGCUGCUGAAGCUGUAUGCCUGGGAGAACAUUUUCUGUGAUAGCGUGCUGGAAACCAGGAACAAGGAACUCACCAGCCUCAGGACGUUCGCAUUUUACACGUCCAUGUCCAUCUUCAUGAAUGCGGCCAUCCCCAUUGCUGCGGUGUUAGUGACCUUCGUUACUCACGCAUACAUCAGCGAACCUGAAAAUAGGCUGAGUCCAGCCAGGGCAUUCGCCUCUCUGGCUCUCUUCCACAUCCUGGUCACACCACUCUUCCUGCUUUCCACCGUAGUGCGAUUUGCAGUUAAGGCCCUGGUCAGUGUUCAAAAGCUUGGCGAGUUUCUGCAGAGCGAAGAGAUCGGUGAUGAUAGCUGGACAAACGGAGACAUGGCGGUGGUUUAUGAGAACUACAAGAAAUCCACUGGGGGUACAAAGGUGAUAAAUAGGAAGCAGCCGCUACAUUAUCAAAUGGAUAACUACGAUCAGCCCAUGCGCAGGCAGCUGCGCCCCAGGGAGACCGAGGAUGUCGCCGUGAAGGUGAGCAACGGAUACUUCACAUGGGGGAACAAUAUGUCAACCCUGUCUGACAUCAACAUCUGCAUUCCUUCAGGUCAGAUGACCAUGAUUGUGGGCCAGGUGGGUUGUGGGAAAUCCUCGCUGCUGUUAGCCAUGCUGGGCGAGAUGCAGACUCAGAGUGGGAAAGUCUAUUGGAGCAAUAAGAACAGGUACUCUGUGGCAUACGCAGCUCAGAAGUCUUGGCUGCUAAACGCUACUGUAGAGGAGAACAUCACAUUUGGCACUCCUUUCAACAAGCAGAGAUACAAGACUGUGAUCGAUGCUUGCUCACUGCAGCCAGAUAUUGAUCUCCUUCCCUUCGGGGACCAGACUGAAAUUGGAGAAAGGGGAAUAAAUCUCAGUGGAGGUCAGAGACAGAGGAUCUGUGUGGCCAGAGCUCUGUAUCAGGACACCAACAUUGUUUUUCUGGAUGACCCAUUUUCUGCUCUGGACAUCCAUCUAAGUGACCAUCUGAUGCAGGAGGGCAUUCUCAAGUUCUUGCAGGACGAUAAGCGCACUAUGGUCCUAGUUACACACAAACUGCAGUACCUCAUUCAUGCAGACUGGAUCAUAGCAAUGAAGGAUGGCUCUGUGUUGAGAGAGGGGACACUGAAGGACAUCCAGACACAUGAUGUGGAGCUCUACGAGCACUGGAAGACUCUCAUGAACAGGCAGGACCAGGAGCUGGAGAAGGACACCGAUUUUGAGUGUCAGACUACUCUCGAGAGGAAAACACUGAGAAGAGCCUUCUAUUCAAGAGAAGCCAAGAACCAAAUUGAUGAUGAAGAUGAAGAAGAGCAAGAGGAGGAAGAUGAGGACGACAACAUGUCUACUACCACCAGCCGGCGUUUAAAAAUCCCAUGGAGGGUUUGCUGGUGUUAUUUCUCCUCUGGUGGCUUUCUCUUGGUUUUCAUGAUGGUCGCCUCCAAGCUGGCCAAGCACUCGGUCAUGGUGGCCAUUGAUUACUGGCUGGCAGCAUGGACCUCCUCAAGCCCAAAUAAUAGCAGUGAUUUCAUCACCAACCUGGAUGCCAACGCCACCAACUCCACUCAGGAGUACACGGCCAUGCAAAGUGCUGAGUAUCAAGAUUAUGUGCCAGUGUUCAUUAUUCUCUGUGGAGCAGGGAUAGUCCUCUGUCUUAUCACUUCUCUGACUGUUGAGUUUUUGGGUCUUGCUGCUGCCACUAAUCUGCACCAUAACUUACUCAACAAGAUCAUCCAUGCACCUCUUAGAUUCUUUGACGUUACCCCACUUGGUCAAAUUCUCAACCGUUUCUCUGCAGAUACCAACAUUAUCGAUCAGCACAUUCCUCCAACACUGGAGUCUCUCACUCGAUCCACUCUUCUCUGUCUCUCGGCCAUUGGCGUCAUCGCUUUCGUUACACCGGCUUUCCUUAUCGCCCUGGUGCCCCUCGCGGUGGCCUUCUACUUCAUCCAGAAGUACUUCCGGGUUGCAUCAAAAGAUCUGCAGGACCUAGAUGACUCCACUCAGCUUCCUUUGCUCUGCCAUUUUUCUGAGACUGCAGAAGGCCUCACCACCAUACGAGCGUUCAGGCACGAGGCACGCUUCAGGCAGAGAAUGCUGGAGCUGACUGACACCAACAACAUAGCUUACCUCUUCCUCUCUGCUGCCAACCGGUGGCUAGAAGUCAGAACAGAUUAUUUAGGUGCUGUUAUUGUCCUAACAGCUGCAGUAGCUGCCAUCUGGAUGUCUUCUUAUGGAGUCCAGCCUGGUCUGGUUGGACUGGGUCUAACAUAUGCUCUAACAGUGACUAAUUAUCUGAACUGGGUAGUGAGGAACCUGGCAGAUCUGGAGGUUCAGAUGGCAGCAGUGAAGAAGGUUAAUAGCUUCCUGAGCACAGAGUCCGAGAACUACGAGGGUUCCAUAGAUGUCUCGCAGGUUCCAGAGGACUGGCCUCAGCAUGGUGAAAUUAAAAUCCAGGACUUGUGUGUGAGAUAUGACCCCAUGCUGAAACCUGCUCUUAAACAUGUCAAUGCUUUCAUCAACCCUGGUGAGAAGGUGGGCAUUUGUGGGAGGACAGGCAGUGGAAAGUCCUCGCUGUCUCUGGCCUUUUUCAACAUGGUGGACGUUUUUGAAGGAAAGAUCAUUAUUGAUGGCAUUGAUAUCUGCAAGCUGCCUCUGCAGACUCUGAGAUCCCGGUUGUCCAUCAUUCUUCAGGAUCCAGUGCUGUUCAGUGGCUCCAUCCGUUUUAACCUGGACCCAGAAUGCACCUGUACUGAUGACAGGCUUUGGGAGGCUCUAGAAAUUGCCCAGCUCAAGAAUAUGGUCAAAGCACUCCCAGGAGGACUUGAUGCGGUGGUAACCGAAGGAGGAGAGAACUUCAGCGUGGGCCAGCGGCAGCUCUUCUGCCUCGCCAGAGCCUUUGUUCGUAAGAGCAGCAUCCUGAUCAUGGAUGAGGCCACGGCAUCCAUCGACAUGGCAACGGAGAACAUUUUACAGAAGGUCGUGAUGACGGCGUUUGCUGACCGCACCGUCGUCACCAUAGCACACCGGGUUCACACGAUCCUGACGGCCGAUGUGGUGAUCGUGAUGAAGAGAGGGAACAUACUCGAGUAUGGGAAACCAGAGGCGCUGAUGGAGCAGGAGGACGGCAUGUUCGCCUCCUUCGUCAAAGCAGACAUGUAGACGCACUAUCCAUCAGUACACACCUCCACACACACACACACACACACUGCUGACGUGGAAGGAACGAAGGAAGGAGUUAUUUCUCAUUUUAUAAACAGGCAGAUUUUCCAGUCCGCCUGUGCCUUUGACCUUUUAGCAAUUUUACAUUAUAUAACUGCAGUAUUGUUUCAUGCUUCUUCCCUUUUUUUUUUUUUUUUUUUUUUUUUAAUUUUAAUUUUUUUUACAUUAAGUUGAUGAUAUACUAUAUGUGUGUGUUAAUGUGAGAAAUAGCAGCUAUAUAUAUACUGUUUUAACUGGUACUAACACUGUACGCAGUUGUCAGCACACUUGAGAGCUGACGCAUCCUGUCUGUCUAAUGUGCAUUGCUGAAUUUUACUCUGGAUAAUAAAGGGAGACUUUUCGGCCCACGGAGGCACAAAUUACUAUGCAAAACAUAUUUUUUUGUGUGUGUGUAUCAAGACAUUAUAUCCUAUAUCAUUUUCCUGUAACAAGCAGGACCUGCAUUAUGGCCUGUUGUAAUGAAUUAAGAAUGUGAAUAAGAUCUUGUGCUUCCUGGGGACAGCCAGACCACAGAAAAUAUUUUAUUUACAGUAUAGAGCUGUAUGUUAGUGAGGGUUUUUUUUAUUUUUCCUUUCUAUUACUACAACUGUAGUUGUAUAUUUGUAUUUGUGUUCACUUCUCUUCGCUUUUUAUUCUCUCUUGCGUCUAUGUUCCAAAACGUACAGUGAGUGAUUUUUAGCUGAGAUCUUUCUUUCUGUAGGAUAGCGAGUGUAUACAAGGUGGCUGGACUUAUGAUAUUAUAAGCCUGAGGGUGGCCUGAGCGCUGAGUGAUUUUUAGAUAUGUACAUUUUGGAUAGAAAUUCUUUUUAAACACAUAUUUUUCCCCCCGAGAUCAGAUAAGGAUCCGACGUUCUCGGAGUGGUACGGCUAUGAUUUUUAGUUUUUAUUAUUAUUAUUAUUAUUAUUAUUUUAGUCACGUCAAAUACACUGCUACUCACUGCAUCUUUUCUGACUGCUACUCAUCAUAUGCAAAGUGCACUUGGGGGAGAUGCUCUCUUCUACCCUCUUCCGUAUACGCAAGCUCCUCUCCCGAGAGUAAUGCCAAUCCCGAUCCCAGCCACGGACUCUUCGGAGUUAGAAAAAAAAACCAAAAACAGGCCAUUGGUGUAACUCUGGAAGGUAGCUCUGAGCAGGACUCCACUUAACACCUAGUCACAAUGCCAUCCUAACAUCUUUAGCCCAGCUGCGUCACACCAAUUCACACCUCCGUACUCCAACAACCGUCCUGUGACCUUAACCCCAUAAACCUUGUGCAGAUUUUUUUAUACAGUUUGCACAAUAUUCAGUAACUAGCUUACUGGGUCACUAUUGGGAAACUAAUAGGAAAUGUGUGUAAGACUAUGUCUGGACUCUUUGACUGAUCGUCCAGGGUUUUAACAGGUUUUAUGACAUCAUAAGCGUGAAUCACCACAGAGGUUUAAAUGUCAGACGUUUUCCCACCACUCGGUAGAACUGAUGAGCAGUGAACUUCUUCAUGAUUAGAACAAGUCCAGCUGUUCUGCUUUAUUCCCACUAGACAUAAACUUCACAUUCAACUCUUUCCUAGUGUUUUUUUUUUUCUUAUUUGUUUGUUUGUUGUUGUUUUUAUUUUAUUUUAUCAUCAUUGCUGACAAAACUGAUCUAGCCAAGGGGUCUACGUAACAUGAUCCAUUUGACUACCACAGUUUCUCCCUGAAUUCUAACAGGGACUGCUAUGAUGAUAAUGAGUCUUUAUUAAUCACGUAUACGUUAGAGCACAGUGAAAUUCUUUUCUUCGUAUACCCCAGCAUGUCAGGAAGCUGGGGUCAAAGCCAUGAUACAGCGCCCCCUGGAGCAGAGAGGGUUAAGGGUCUUGCUCAUGGGCCCAACAGUAGCAGCUUGGCAGUGCUGGGGCUUGAACCCCUGACUUUCCGAUCAGUAAUCCAGAGCCUUAACCGCCAAGCCACCACCGCCCCUAGCUAUGUUGCUAUGUUUGAUCAAGUGAAAUUUUAUAGCACUUCUCUGGCUCCUUUUACAGCCAACAGAGUUUUUAUAGGGCAGUGUUUCUUCUUCAUAAAGCAAAAUCACCCCCCCCCCCCCCCCGCUGUAAUAUUUAUCAUACAGUGGUACUGUAUGCCAGAGUCUGCAAAGACACUGAACUCUCAAAGCGUCCAAUCAAUACCGCUUUCACCAAGGAUGUUAGCCUUACUCAUGAGUGUUUCUACGUAUUUUCAUAUGAUGCAUCACGUUGUGCAGAAUCACAGCGUUAAAUACAAUAUUUCUUACAAGCAUUUUGUGCUGAAUUGUCUUAAAAUGUACAUAUGUAAUUACUGUUAGCAGCAUAAACAUUUAACCUUAUACUGUGUGCCUGUGGUUUUUUGUUGCUGUUUUUUUCUUGUUUUGUUUUUUACAAUUGAAUAAAAGCUGGAGUGAAGUCAUUGUA